AUGCAAAGGCUUGCGGUGCGGUGUGUUCAGGGUCCACUGAGGGCCCUUGGUCCCUCCAGAUACUUGUCAACCACUCCUCCGCCGCCAUCAAGGAGUAAACGGUUGGUGACCGGUUCCAUCUUUGCAUUGACGCUGACCGGCGCCUCUCUCUACUUUUUGCUCCCCUCCGACACACGUUCCGCACCGACAUAUACAGAGUUGCCUCUUUCUCCGCGAUACUUCACACCAGCCACUGUCGUCUCCAACCUCGAUUCCGGUCCAGAUACCAAACUACUCCGUCUAGCUCUCCCACCUCAAGUAGCUGCAUUCGCUGCCCAGGAUCCUAGCUCUUUCAAGGCUGUAUGGUCGGUGUUUAUCAAGGACGAUGAUAUCCAGGUCGAGAGGCCUUAUACCCCUUUGGAAGGGAUAGAUGAAAAUGGGGAGAUGGUGUUUUGGAUUAAGAAGUACCCGAGGGGAGAGGUUGGGAGGUGGUUGCAUACGAAGGCAGCUGGAGAUGUUAUUGAGCUCAGAGGCCCGUUGACGACUUGGCCGUGGAAGGAUGAUACGUGGGAUGAAGUGGUUAUGAUAUCCGGAGGCACAGGCUUUACACCCUUCUACCAACUCUUCCAUAGUAUCAUCUCCAACCCGUCUCUGUCACCGUCGACACAGUUCACUUUCCUUCACUCGUCAAGGACACCUGAAGAACUCCCUCCUGCUUCCCUUCUCAAUCCUCUUAUCACUUUUGCACAAGAAAAUCCUGCACGGCUCAAGGUCAACUUGUUCGUCGACCAGAAUGAGAGCAAGUCCUCUGGAUACGACCUCUCGGUAACGAGGAUCAACGCGGAUGUCAUCAAGAGAAGUAUAGGGUUGGAUAAAGAGGGCAAGUCAUGGUGGAAUUGGUUGUACGGAAAGAAGCCGGAGGCUCCCAAACGACGGUUGUUCUUGGAUGGUAGCAGCGAUAGCGGGUCCAUUUGGGCGUAA